GACGAUGGCAACUAUCGAGAAACGAACUCUCUAGAGGAGUCUGGGUUGGACAGCGGGCUGUCCAGCGUUCUGGACGCUGACAAACUGAACGAUGGACUGAGCAGCGAACGAUUGAGAAAUUUCUACAAAAAACUUAUACAAACCGAUGCGCAAAUUCGCAAUUUGAAGAAAGGCGCCAACGAAUACGCUCCUACGAAUUACGAAAACAAAUUCAACCCCGACAGAUCCAAGAGGUCUCUACGAAUUCGUAAUCCUAAAGCUCUUCUUCGUUAUAAUGCCAAGAAAGAAGUUGACAAUGUACAAACUGACAAUGAUUUACUGACAGACUAUAAUGGGCCUAGUCCAAAUGUAGCAGAACUCAACAAAUUCAAUAUCUUCUACCCUCCAUACUCAAGUGUUAACGUAUCUAACAAAAAUAAUAAAUACAAAAGAUUUGUCAAUGGUUCAGACGAGCCUACAGGAUUUGUCAUCGAAAAGAAGCAAAUAUUAGUUCAAUACAAACCUCAUGACACCGAGAAGCAAAAGAAAGUACCUAAAUGUUCCCACGCGCCAAAAGACUCCAAAUCCCAUGAAAAACAACUGAAGCAUCCUUUCUACAAAAACAGCCAAAGACUCGACGAACUUCUAGAUCAGUUUCUAGACAAAAGUCUACCAGAAAUGAUGGCUGACCCAUUUGGGGUCGAUGUCCUUUUUAAACAUAAGAAUAAGGAUGUUAAAACGCAUAAAACGAAUGUUAAAAUUGAAAAUGAGAAGACUACUAAGAAAGCAAUCUCGAAGUUUAAGUAUAAAGAUGAAAAUAAGUUAUUUGGGACUCAUCGCGGAGAUAGUAGAGCUGAAAAUAAUCGAGUAGGAGAGAAACGAGUUGGGGAGUUGGACAGAGAAUUCUUCAAUAUGAUUUCGAGUAAGAAAAAGGGAAAGACGUCAAGCUCGAGUGCUACUCCGAGCUAUGACGUGAUACUGAGUGUUUCUACCAUUGUAAAUAAUGGACAGCGUAAGAUAUCAAAACCAAUGAACGUAAUGGGGCACACGCCAAGUCUGCUGGAAAGAGUGCCUCACCUCAGGAAGCUGAUGCAAGUUGAGGAGGAGGAUGAGGAGGGACUUGGCUAUGAGGACGUGAAUGAGGUGCUCGCUGAUGACAAUGAAGGUCACGAUGAUACGGAUAAGGGACAGGAUAGGAAGAAGAGAAUGGAUUUUCAGGAUUACAAAGUAGAAGACUUCAAGGUCCCAAGCAACCCUUACAAAUACAAUCCACCUGGUGUCCACAACCCGAACUGGAAAGGCCCCAUGCCUUUAUACCCUGACGAGCUCUCUUCAAUGAUCAAACAAGCUGCCAUGCAGAACGUCCAAAAUUUCAACAAAAUCUACCUCCCAGCUAAUACUAAAGACGCGUCUUCUGAAGCGGACAAUUCCGAGACUGAAUUGAACGAUAUGGAGUACAUUGAGAACUAUUCGGAUAAUAAAUUUGAGAAUUUGGCAAGAAUGGCGCAGGCGUACAGUGAUUAUGGGGUUUUGGAAGGUAGGAAGGAGCAAUCGAGGAAUGAGAAGGCAAUGGAUGGGAAGAAUGCUGAGAGAAGAAUCAAAUUGUCGGUGAAAGGACGGUCGUUCAAAGACGCGCUGUUUGACCGAUUCAAGAAAAGCAAAGUGUCAGAAGGUAUCAGAUUUGAAAUACGCCCAACAACUCCGUCUAGAGAGGACAGUCCCAUUGAGCUUAUGAAAGUGUUAGAAAAGCACGUGAAAGUUACCAAAAACAAAUACUUUCCGCCGUUCCAUUCGACCACUUUGCCUUUAAAUACUGAUUAUGCUUUAUUCAGCGCAAUACAGAAGCAACAAAGCCAAAUGAUGGCGAACGAUGCAAGUACCAAGAAGGGAGAACAACCAAACGAAUAUCCAGACAACGCUGUAGUGUUUACACUAGCUAAAAGUGGCAGGAGAUCCUUAAAAUCUGUACCUGAUGAGGAGAACUACAAGAGUAAUGAAGAAUUCGAUGAAAAUGAGAAAAGUUUGGAAGAUAAACUGAUUGUUAAAGGUAUAAGUGGUCUUGGAGCGAUUAAGGCCGAUGAUAAACCAAGCACUGAUAAGAAUACCAAAACUGCUGAAGAGCAUCACCACCAUCACCAUAAGCAUCAUCAUCACUCUGAUCAUAAUCAUCAUAACAUCAGUAAUGUGAACGAAACUACAAGCAAAUUGGAGAUCAUUGAAGACAAAUCUUUGAUUUUGAAUGAAACAGACAGACUCAAAGAAAAUGUAACAGCAAAUAAUGCAAGUGAUAGUCAUUCAAAUGGCCUAGCAGUUAUUCCCGAUAACAACUUAAUAGCAACUAUUUUAAAUCUAAAUGCGCCAAGGAAUAAGUCAGAAAUGGAUCUCAGUGACUUCUUUAUGCUGAUGUCUAACUGGUUCAGUGUCAUGGCUGGAUUGGACACUAGUUCUGAGACAAAUGAACCUAAAUCAAAUAUAAUCAAACUAAUAACCAAAUCAGAUGCGAGUACAACACCAACGAGCAACGAUUCUAUCAACAUUGAAUUCCCCAUGUACGACUCGGAUAUGAUAGAAAAUAUAGGACAUAGAUCAAGGGUACUUAUGGCCAUAGAAGAUAGUGAUAAAUCUACUGAGAAUGCUGUCAGUGAAGUUAAUACUAGCGUUAUGAAUGGGAAAGAUGAAAUAACCAGUGCUAGUCCAGUGAUCACGAUCAAUAAAGAAGACGUAAGUACAGCAACAGCUUUAACUUCUGCUACAGAAACCAUAACUGCUAUAGCGACUCAAUCCCAACCAGCAGAAAAACUAAUUAUUACCAAAAACGAAGAAACUUUUGAUAACAAAACUGUAGUCAAAAGAAACAUACCUGAAGAUAGCAAUCUGAUUUUCUGGAAUGACAUUUACGACGAUGAAUACGGAGUCAAAAUGGAACCCAUAGACAAUACAGUCAUAGACAAAAGGAACUCUAAAAAUCUAAACUUUAUGAAGAAAUCAGGAGAUUGGAUACAUGAGAAAGUAAAGAAUAUAGCGAACAAUUUUCAUGGGAAAGAUAAAUUUGAGAGCAAGUAUAAAACGAAACAAAGGAGGGUGAUGCGCAGAGCGAACUACAGAAACGACAUGUAUACCAAAUACAACAAAAGGGCAGCUAGAUAUGAAGAAGCAGAUGAAGAUGAAAAAACUGGCAGUUUUGCACAACUGACAGUUAAGAUGAAGGAGGUAUGCAAGGAAGCCGCAAAAGCUGUGCAGCAGACCAAAAAUGUUCAAGUGCGUCAAGAUGAGAAGGAAGAUAGCAUGACGACAUCCCUGAUGCAGCAGCUAGUGAGGCUCAUGACGGACCUCAUCGACUUCCAGGUGCAGCAGAAGACUUGUGUCAAACUACCUCCGGAUCUGCAAGACUUCCUCGUGUGGCUGACCAACCCGAAUUCAGAUCAAGAAGUGGAGUUCAGGGAUCAAAAAAUGAGUUACCGUGAGGACAACAGCUAUGAGAAGCCUUCAGACCAGAUCCUGGACUUGAUAUCAACGCCAUCUAGUGAGAAGGAGGAGAUACAUGGAGAUAGCAGGUCGGAGUGUUUGGGCACGCUUCAUGCUGUCCAGGAUCUCAUGCAGCAGUACGAUGAGAUGACUGACGAGGAUAAGAGCAAAAUGACUGGAAUCAGGGACUACUUGCAGAAUCAACUACAGUUUCUUCAUAAACAGCUCGCUACUUUUAAUGAUUACAAGAUGACAAACAUAUUCGAAGACCAAAACCCGUCUUACCGCUUUAGAAGAGAAGUACCAAAACAGAACUGCAGACGCAGAAGUAACCAAAUCAAAAGCAGACGAAAUAGAAACAGAUUCAAGAGGAAAUUCCUGAAGAAUUUUGGCAAAAAACACACUAGAACUACAGCUAGUAUCUACGAUGGAUUCGCCAUGACAGAGGUUAAUAAAUUCACAAAAGAUGACAAAUAUGGGGCAGAAAAAGAUGGUAAAGAUGUUAAAAGGAAUCUCAAGGAUGUUUAUUAUAAGGCCCUGAAUGAUGCGAAGAAAUCUACCACUUUUAAAACGGCGAGCAAAGAUGAAAUGGAGGGGUUCGAUCAUGCUCAAAUUGUUAGAAUGGAUAACUAAAUAUUGGAAGCUAGCGUACAGCACAGCACAAAUUGAGGCAUACACAGCAGUAAGACACUUAACGCAUGACAAAUGAUUCAAAUGUCGAUUAUAAUCCCACGAUUCUGAAACGUCAAGUGGCAAAAAUCUAGAAACUAAACCCAGCAUUAGGUACAUAUUGUAAAGCCCUCACACUCACUGCGGGUUCCAGUCGCACAGUCGCGACAGCAAUAUAAUUACGCGCGAGCGAUAAGGAUGGGCAGCUUGGGGUCAAUGGACGAAAUUCUACGUGCUCACAGACCAGACUAUAGUUAGCUACAAUAUCUACAUCUUGCUUAAGCAAGCGAGACAGAGCGAACUCCUCCUUUGUUCUUCUGUUUAAUUUCAUUACGGGUCCAACGACAGUUCAACUUUCCCUCGGGACAAACUUGACCUUCACUGGUUGGGUUGUUGGCGGUCAAGCUGUAGAUCCUGGCUACACAGGAGUUGCAGCGGUGGGAACGAGAGGUGGGAAUAGUCCCGUAGCGAAGGGACUUACUAAGUUAUGUACUAUGCCUGUAAUUUAGACAUUUUUUACUUGUUAAAAAUUUUCAAAUAGUCCUUGUUCUCUUGCGUCUCUCUCAGCAAUGUCCAAGUAUAUUUUUGUACGCAAUUUAAAGAAUAAUUUUAGAUCUUUGUAUUUAUAGGUUUUACGUGAGGUUGAAUAAAGUAAUUAUGGAUCAUA